ACAGAUUCUGCCGUUAUCGAGGUCGGAGGAUAACGUGUUUUAACCAAAUCUUAUCCGCUUAUGGAGAAUGUGGCUUGAUUUUAUUUAGAGCAACUCGCAUUCAGGCAGAUGGUUCUCCAAGUCCAAGCAGAGCAGGCAAGGGCAGGGACAGGCAUGAGGCGUCGUUGACAUUGGAGCUGCUUUCGACCUGCUUACUACUGCUUUGGCAUUUCUGUGGAGCUGAUGCCAAGCCAAGCUCUUGCAGCGCCACCUUACAUCACGGCCUCUGAAGCAGCUGAACAGCUUUGAGGUUUCCACAUUAUGUUUAGCUAAGGACUUGGUGGAGAAUGAGCAGCUAGCAUUUUUGGCAGAUGAAGAAUCAUCCACAUGGAGCUGCUUGAUCCAACUGUUGAACAGAUGUUGAAGACCUUGACUGCAAUGACGUCCGCACCGGUGGCCACCCUCACCGACACCCGUACUGCCAUCAUCAAAACAUUCGAAUCCCUCAAGAGGGACUCGUCAGGUAACCGCAUCCCCAGCUGGAAAGAGGAGUGCAGAAGCACAUUCAACCUGCAAUUCAAGUCUGAGGCGGUCGGGUGCAAUGACAAGUCUCUCUCCCUCCUCCUCUCAUGUGCCUCCUUUCACCAGGAGCUUCCCAUCCCCCUAACUCUGAAGUGCAGCGAUACAAAUCAAAUCACCUACAUUCAGCACAUUCAGCGGACGAUACCUGAGGUCCAGCUCAAUCUGUCACUCGCCAAGCCAAACAUGCUUGGUUACAAGGCCUCAAUCUCGAGCUGUAGCGUUGCACCAGGUGCUUUAAUACCCCCCCGAGCGGAGCCCCAAGCCCUUCCAAACCCACCUGUGCAUGCUGGUGUAGCACCAUUGAACUUUGGCUUUGCUGCACCACCCCCCCCGCCCGCUCCUCUGUUUGGGGGCUUUGGAGCUGCGGCUGCUCAUCAGCCCCAGCCAACUGCCACACAGUGCACACCUGGCGAGAAUGGAUCUUGGAAGGUUGUCCUAGCACCAGGAAGAAGCAUCUCUCUAUGUUUGGAAAUCCUGCUGGAAUCACCAAAGAGGGGCGACAGCGCCCCAGUGCAGUUUGUGGCUGGGAUGUUGCAAGAUGCGCAUGAGACUGGGGAUGUUGAGAUUCAAAGCAAGGAGGGAACCUUCGCGUAUGCACACACUGCAGUGCUUGUCAAGGUCCCUUACUUCAGUAAGCAGUUCUCGGAGACUUGGGCCAAAGAGAAGUGGAACCUACACAACAAGCUGCGGUGUCAGAUGCCCUGCCAGGCCACCAACAAAGCAAUAACCAGCUUUCUUCAGUAUGUUUAUGGGAACAAGCAUGCAGUGUUCGAGCAAGAUGCUGGGACCUUGCAGGAGCUCUUUUCUCUUGGAGAGGCGUGCCAAGUGAAUGAGCUGUGCAGGGACGUUGCUGAUGUUACUAGCAUAGAUUCCGAUUCGCUUCUCGGCUGGAUCCGUUGGUUAAAAGGCGAGCACGUGUCGGCGGUUGAUGUCAUUGCAGACAAAGCAACGGCCUAUGUGAGGCGGUUAGUAGAAACCAAAAACUGGGCCAACGUCUCAGCAGAUCUGCUGGAGACCGUGGUGCUUGGAUUGCAGCUUGUUCCCAUAGCAUCAUCAAGUCACUGACUGCAUACGAUCAAGACGUACUAAACAGACCUCUUGGACUCCAGGCCGUACAUCGCAAACGAGAAAUUGUCUCAGAUGAUAGUGCGUGUCGCUUGAGACUGCAUUGGCAGUUUAGUAGGUUGAAAAGAUCUGUUCGUAGAAACAUGUAUACUAUAUGAAUGAUGUACACUACGUCCUGCACGAGGG